CCGCCACCACCACCACCACGGCUGCUGCCACCACCACCACCACCACCACGUCCUCGUCGGCAGGGACGCUGAAUGACGUCACGAGUAGCGGUGGCGCUGAGAAUGCUGGGAGUAGUCUCCCCGAAGACGAGACGAGCACUUUGCUUCCGGACAACAAGCAGGACAGCGGAGGGCGAGCUGUUUACGGGGACCAGCCGUUGGGGAAAGGGGACGAGAAGGUGAAGAAAAAUAUGUUCGCUCACGGAGAGGGUGAGCUCAGCCGGGAUACCAUGACCAGCUUCCUUGGCAACGAAGGUCACGUGAUGACGCCUUCGAACUCGCAGGAUGAGCCUGACGUGAAUGAGGUCAAAGGUAUUCAGGAGAGCAGCUGCAACAACAAUUUCGCCGUAGAGGAGCACGCUGUGAAGGAAAACAUGGACGACGACGACGACGACGACGACGAUGACGGAUGCGAUGGUAUUGCUUCGGGGAAAGAGAGAAAGAUUGACGACGAAAACGAAAACGAAAACGGCGAUGACGUGAACGGUCAUCUCAACAACGAGGACACACCGCCGGAAGAGCGACCCUUGCUCAGCCCCGAAGCCCCCUCCACGAUGACAGACAACGCCAACAACACAAAGCUAAACAGCUCGGCAAGAAAUUCCAGCAGCUCCCCACCCCCCUCCACUUUGCCCGUCAAGCCUACCUUCAUCGAUGUCCCUGUCUGUAACACCCAGCCGGCGGAAUCGAAGACCAAAGUCUUCAAGAAACACACAGCGGGAAAACACCUACAAAUCGACGCUCAAACCAACAGCAUCAAACGCAAGCGCCCUAGCACAGUACGUGACAGAAACCUGAUCGCUAACAUCAAGACGGCGUUCAUGCUCUUUAUCGUCACGCUUGUGUUCAUCAUUGCCUUCCUUCCUGCUCUUCUAAUGGCCAACAGCCUCAUUCCGUUCAACAUGGUUGUCUUCUACGGAUACUUCGUCUACAACGUCGCCAAUCCGUUCAUCUACGCCUUCAUGAACCAAACGUUUCGGGAAGACGUCAAAAGGAUCAUCAAACUUUGCUCACGAUGAACGAACACAACCACGUCAUUAAUUUCUGUGUUGGUUUAAAUACAUUGACAAUACAUCAUCCCGGGGUAUGGGGUUCCCGGAAAUGGGGGACUGACCUGGAUCUUGUGCGAUUGGCUCAGUGGGGACAUUGCUUUGGGGAGGAGGAGGAGGAGGAGUA